ACGGCGCAUCAUCAUCACACGGCAGGCACCGGCGCUCGUGAACUAGAGGAAGGACCACAGACACUAUCUGCACAGCAUCCUCAACAACCACCAGCACUCAACACUGGAUUUUACCCACACUUUACAUGGACCGGGACAUCACACUGGCAGUGGCUAUCUAAGGAUAGCCCAUCCGGAGAGGACAAUGAAAAAACCUGCACUCAUAUAUUAUUGAAGGACAGAAGUGCCUUCACAGAUAUCAUGACUCCUGGAGACCUUUUGGAAAAGUAUCAUAAUAAUUAAUGUCUCCUCCUUUUUUGAAAGCUCUGGACUGAGAAGUUGCCUUGGAGUGAGACAAAUUUCACAUUUCCAUGAUGGUCCUGUUUCUUGUUUCAGCAGCUCUCAUUUCAAACAGUUCCUCUCAUGGAAACCUGACCACAGAGUCUCCAGCGCCUCAGGGCUCACAUGUCUUAGCCUCAGGACUCGUCACCUCCCUCCUGCUUGUCAUCUUUCUUCUCCUCAUCGCCUACAUUCUGAGGUUCAGAGAGCAAAGGAAGGAUCUUGUCGCCUCGGUUGACAAAAAGUUGCCAAAUGGCUUUUUGGAAGAUCAAGAACAAACGGUGGUGCUCCUCCCCAGAUCACCCUCUCCAUCAAAGCGUUAUUUCCCCAUGCCUCUGGACUCCCUGGAGGAAGAGUUUCGCCUACGCAUGGCAGAUGAUGGCAAACUGUUCCGAGAGGAAUUUAAUUCUUUGCCUUGCGGUUUUGGCUGUGGUACCUUUGAAGAGGCGAGCAGAGAGGAGAACAGAGAAAAGAACAGAUAUCCUAAUAUUCUGCCCUAUGACCACUCAAGAGUGCUGCUUUCACACAUAGAUGGAUAUAUGGGCUCUGAUUACAUAAAUGCCUCUUAUAUAGAUGGCUACAGAGAAAAAAACAAAUUUAUUGCAGCUCAAGGCCCAAAACCAGAGACAGUGGGAGAUUUCUGGAGGAUGGUUUGGGAGCAGAAAUCUGCCACUAUAGUCAUGUUGACCAACACAAGAGAGCGAAAAGAGGAAAAGUGCUAUCAGUACUGGCCUGAGCAGGGAUGCUGGAUCUACGGCUGUGUGAGGGUGGCAAUGGAAGAUGUCACAGUGUUGGUGGACUACACAAUCAGAAAGUUCUGUGUGCAGCACCAUGCUGCUGAUGGCUGCAGACCUCCAAGGUUGGUGACUCAGCUGCAUUUCACUAGCUGGCCUGAUUUUGGCGUACCCCUCUCCCCUAUUGGCAUGCUUAAGUUCCUCAAGAAAGUCAAGACGGUCAACCCAGCCCAUGCUGGACCAAUCAUAGUGCACUGUAGUGCUGGGGUUGGCAGGACUGGGACGUUCAUUGUGAUUGACGCGAUGAUGGAUAUGAUGCACGCUGAAGCAAGGGUGGAUGUGUUCGGCUUUGUGUCCAGGAUAAGAAAGCAGCGCUGUCAGCUCAUUCAAACAGAUAUGCAGUAUUCGUUCAUUUACCAGGCACUUUUAGAGCAUUACCUGUAUGGUGACACAGAGUUAGACAUUGCUUCUUUGGAAGGCCACCUCCACAAACUCCACAACACGCACACACAAAUGGACCGAGUGGGUCUGGAGGAAGAAUUCAGAAAAUUGACUAAUGUCCGCAUAAUGAAGGAGAACAUGAGAACCGGAAAUCUGCCCGCCAACAUGAGAAAGAACAGAGUACUGCAGAUUAUCCCAUAUGACUUCAACAGGGUAAUAUUAUCAAUGAAAAGAGGGCAAGAAUUCACAGACUACAUUAAUGCAUCUUUCAUAGAUGGUUAUAGGCAGAAGGAUUACUUUAUAGCAACUCAGGCACCUUUGGCUCACACUGUGCAGGACUUCUGGCGCAUGGUAUGGGAGUGGAAGUGCCACUCUAUUGUCAUGCUGACUGAGCUGAAAGAGAGAGAACAGGAGAAGUGCGUGCGUUACUGGCCAGCAGAGGGCAGCGUUUCAUUUGGAGAUUAUGUGCUGGAGCUGAAGAGAGACUCGCUUUGCGAGACUUUCAGCAUUCGAGAUAUGCUGCUGUCAUAUGCAUCAGAAAAGCAGACCCGUCUAGUCAGACAGUUCCACUUCCAUGGUUGGCCAGAGAUUGGAAUCCCAUCAGACGGAAAGGGAAUGAUUGACAUUAUUGCUGCAGUGCAGAAACAACAGCAACAAUCUGGAAACAACCCUAUAGUUGUGCAUUGCAGUGCUGGUGCUGGUCGGACUGGAACCUUCAUUGCCCUCAGCAACAUCUUAGAGCGGGUCAAAGCCGAGGGGUUACUGGACGUAUUUCAGACAGUGAAGAGUUUACGCACUCAGAGACCACAUAUGGUCCAAACUGUGGAACAAUAUGACUUCUGCUACAGAGUUGUGCAAGACUUUGUUGACAUCUACUCGGACUAUGCUAAUUUCAAAUGAGUGCAGCUUACCAACACACAUUUAUAUUAUAUUUAAACUGAAGAAUAUUACUGUGGCUUAGUGACACUCCAUGCACUUGACAUUUCCUAUUCUUGUUAUAUGCAGUAAGGUAAUAUUUUGUAUAUGACCAGACUCCAGUGGCUUAACCACGUCAAGUCUUUUGCAUUAAGUUUUUGUUACAUUUGUGUAAGUAUUCAGUAUGAAAUAAGUUUUUUUCUUUUAAUAUGACCAUAAUCUUUAAUUUGUACAUUAACAAGUUUUGUUUACUACAAAAUUAUUUUUAUUUAUAAAUUGUGUUCACAAAAUUGUAAAGCAUUCCAUUCUGAGUAUUUGUUCCUUCUAUUUAUGCUCCAGCUUGCUUCCCAGAAAAAUUGUGCAUGGUUAUUUGUGUGUACUAGUGUACUAAAAUGAAUUAAGAUACUUCCAAAUUUGAAUUUUAUGGCAAUUCUUGGCCAGACUCUAAUUUGCAUCAGUCCUGAUAAGUCACUUGUACCAUAUACAUGCUCUUCACCUUUCACAUCACCUUCAUAACCUGACUGAAAUGUCCAACCACUUAAUGAAGCUUUAGCAGGCUUUAAAGUUUCUGUGAUGAUAAUGCUGUUUAUUCUUAUGACUCCAUAAGCCAAUCAAGUACCCAAGAAGCUAAAACUGUGACAGAGAUAUGGAUAUGGAUUAAGUGUACUGUACAACAUUCAAAGGAAGUAGUAAAAUCCAUAGUGAUAUUUGGUUGAGGAAUUAAUACAUGCCAUUUAGGGUUUAGAGAAACCUGUGAAAUAACAAAGGAAUAGUUUCCUUUCAUUAUUCCCCACAAACACAAUACCUUGUGUUUUUGUCUGCUUGUUUGAGCAAGGUCAGAUAGAAAAAAGAAAAAAAAAACAUAACUGUGCUGUCACUGCAGUGUUACUACAACUGGGUGAGAAAUUCUAAAGAAAAUGAGGAAAAACGUAUGCCUUAAUCCUGAAUAACACCAUUUUCUGCAAUAAAUGUUUCAGUCAAUACUU